GGCAUUUCAGCUGAAAUGAUGGGUCUCAUCAUCAAUUACGCCUACACCGGGACAGUACCGAUCACAGAGGACAACGUUGAGAGUUUGCUGGCUGCAGCAGAUCAGUUCAAUGUCAUGGGCAUCGUCAGCCUGUGCUGUGAGUUCCUCAGUUCCAGGCUGUGCUUUGAGAAUUGCAUUGGCAUUUGCAGACUCACUGACUAUUACCACUGCCCCGACCUGCGCGCAGCUGCCUGCGUGUACAUCCUGCAUCACUUCGAGGAGGUGUCCCAGGUGUCUGAGGAGUUCCUAGACCUCUCUGCCGAGGAGCUGGCACACAUCAUUGAGAAGGAUGAGCUGAACGUGCGGCGAGAAGAAGCCGUGUUUGAGGCUGUGCUGAGGUGGAUCGCUCAUGACCCGCAGAACAGGAGGCAGCACAUCGCCUGCUUGCUCAGCAAGGUUCGACUGGCACUCCUACAAUCCGACUACUUCAUGAACAACGUCAAAGCUCACGAGUACGUGAAAGACAACGCCAACUGCAAAGAUCUCAUCAUCAGUGCCCUGUCCGAAAUCUACGACCUGAACUCCUACGGCCAGAGUUCCUCAGUCAACGCCAACCCCCUCACCCGGCCGCGCCUGCCCUACGCCAUCCUCUUUGCCAUCGGGGGCUGGAGCGGGGGCGGCGCCACCAGCGCCAUCGAGACCUACGACGGCCGCACUGACAAGUGGCUGAACAUCCCCUGGGAGCAGGAGAGCCCUGUUGCCUAUCAUGGCUCAGCUUAUUUGAAAGGCCACGUUUAUGUUAUCGGUGGAUUCGAUGGCACAGAUUAUUUCAACAUCGUCAAACGGUUCGAUCCGCUCCAGAAGACAUGGCAGCAGGUAGCGCCCAUGCACUCACGGCGCUGCUACGUCAGCGUCACCGUUGUGGACAACUUCAUCUAUGCCAUGGGAGGGUUUGAUGGCUACAUGAGGCUCAACACAGCGGAGCGGUAUGACCCAGACACCAACCAGUGGACCCUGAUCACCCCCAUGCACGAGCAGAGGAGCGACGCCAGUGCAACCACGCUGAAUGGAAAGGUGUACAUCUGUGGUGGGUUUGAUGGUGAUCAGUGCCUCAGCUCAGCUGAAGUGUUCAACCCCACCACAAACCAGUGGUCCCUGAUCGCCCCAAUGAGCAGCAGGAGAAGUGGAGUUGGGGUGAUGGCGUAUGGGAACCAGGUGUACGCGGUCGGAGGGUUUGAUGGGAACAGCCGGCUGCAGAGCGUGGAAGCGUACAACCCUAUCGCCAACGCCUGGCACGCCGUGCCCUCCAUGCUAAACCCACGCAGCAACUUUGGCAUUGAGGUGAUGGACGGCCUCUUGUUCGUGGUUGGGGGCUUCAAUGGGUUCAGCACCACCGUUGCCACCGAGUGCUACGAGGAGGACACCAACGAGUGGUAUGAUGCUCACAGCAUGGGCAUCACCCGCAGCGCCGUCAGCUGCUGCGUGGUGCCAGGACUCUCCAAUGUCAUGGAAUACAUCGCCAGGCAACAUUACUACCAGCACAGCUCCUCCAUGGACAUCUUGUUCACCAGCUCAACUCGGAGCUCGCCGUUGUAAAUAGUUCCCCUUAGCUAGGAGUGUUGUGAUCAGCCAUCACUGGAUGCUUGUGUAAAUAGUUCUGCGUAUCUAAUAAAGUCUUCUGAGCAUCCCAUCACUGGAUGCCUGGGUAAAUAGUUCUCUUCAGGUAAUAAAGUCCCCAUGGUAGCAAGGGAGAAUGUUCUCUUGUUCUAAAAUAGAAACAAUUGUAACAGGCCAAAAGGAUCAUUAGGAGCUCAAAUUUUCACUCACCAGCACCACCCAAUGUAUCAGACACACCCUAUA